CGUUUCAUCUCAGAGAAUUUUCCAAAGUUGCUCCAAAUUUCAUUUAUCGACCACUACCAUGCUAAUAUUAACCAAAAAAAUGAUUAUCAUUCUAUUCGUUAUUAUCGUAAAUUUAUUCACCUUUUCGUACUGUCAAGAUAUAAUAUCCCCAACUUGCGAUAACAACGCAAAUUUCACUACAAACAGUAGGUACCAAAGUAACCUUGACAAUGCCUUGUCGUCCCUCACAUCCGACACCAGCAUCAGGUACGGGUUCUACAACCGGUCUGUUGGUCAAUCCCCCGACCAAGCCAAUGCGUAUGGGCUAUGCAGAGGUGACGUUGAGCCAAACGAUUGUCGAAGUUGUAUAAAUGAAGCUAUUACAACCCUACGCGGGAUUUGUCCUAAUCAAAGGGGUGCAAUUGGUUGGUACGAUAAAUGUAUGUUACGUUAUUCUAACGAUACAAUCUUGGGAAAUUCAGACCAGAGACUUAUCCGGGGCUUGCCUAACGCGAAUAAUGCAUCAAACCCGAGUGAGUUUAAUCAGGGGCUUGAUAGUCUUUUGGAUCAACUAAGAACCGAGGCUUCUAGAGGAGGACCUCUUCGGAAAUAUGCUGCCAACACCACGAAUGGCCCUGGGUUCUCGACGAUUUAUGGGUACAUGCAGUGUACGCCCGAUUUAACAGAGGAUCAGUGUUAUAACUGUUUGGAAAGUGCUAUGGGGUUUAUUCCAGGCUGUUGUGCUGGUAGACGUGGAGGAAGAGUUUAUUUUCCUAGUUGCAUUCUUAGAUAUGAAAGUUCCCGCUUCUUAAAUGAUACGGUCGCUUUGACAUCACCGUCACCACCCCCAACAGGGUCAUCUACUCCACCACCGUCGCCACCAGGUGAUGGUGAUAGUGACACAACAACCAUUGUAGUCAUUGCUGUGGUUGCAAGUGUUAGUGUUGUGAUACUGGUGGUAGUUUUCGUUUGCGUAUUUAUGAGAAUGAGAAGAAAAAGAAAACUACGAGGAGGACAUCCACCAGAGAAUUUGGUUCAUGAGGACAGAGAUAUCGAUGAAAUUAGUACUGCCGAAUCAUUGCAAUAUGGCUUUGGUGUCAUUAGAGCAGCAACAAGUGACUUCUCGGAUAGCAAUAAGCUUGGACAAGGUGGAUUUGGUAUGGUUUAUAAGGGUAAGUUACAAAAUGGACAAGAAAUAGCGGUGAAGAGGCUGUCGAGGGAUUCGGGCCAAGGCGAACAAGAAUUUAAGAAUGAGGUCUUGUUACUUGCAAGGUUACAACACCGAAAUUUGGUUCGACUCCUAGGAUUUAGCCUAGAAGGGUCAGAACGACUUUUGAUGUAUGAGUUUGUGCAAAAUGCAAGUCUUGAUCAGUUUAUAUUUGAUCCAUUAAAGCGCGGAACGCUUGAUUGGGAAAGAAGAUACAAAAUAAUAGGGGGUAUCGCAAGGGGACUAUUGUAUCUACACGAGGACUCACGACUAAAAAUAAUUCAUCGAGAUCUGAAAGCCAGUAACAUUUUGUUGGAUGCCCAGAUGAAUCCAAAGAUUGCUGAUUUUGGUAUGGCAAGGUUGUUCACAACAGAAGAAACCCAAGCCAAUACUAGCCGAAUUGUUGGAACCUAUGGAUAUAUGGCUCCAGAGUAUGCAAUGCACGGGCAAUUUUCAGUAAAGUCAGAUGUCUUCAGUUUUGGUGUACUGAUACUGGAAAUUGUAACCGGGCAGAAGAACCAUACCUUUCAAAAUGGAAUGAUGGUAGAAGAUCUUCUUAGCCAUGCAUGGAAAUGUUGGAGAGAUGGAACCGCUUCAAGUUUAAUUGAUCCCACACUGUGCACCAGCUCUCUACGUGAUAUGCUCAGAUGCAUACACAUUGGUCUAUUAUGUGUUCAAGAAGACGUUAAUGAACGGCCAACUAUGGCGUCUGUUGUUCUUAUGCUUAGUAGCGCCUCUCUAACCCUCCCUGUCCCUUCAGAGCCUGCCUUUUUCAUGCGCACAAGUACAAAUCCUGAAAAACCUUUGUUUGAACAGUAUACUUCAAGUACUGGUGAUCCCAACCAGUUGAAAAGUAAAUCAAGAUCUUCACGACGAUCUGUAGAAGAUAAUUCCAUAAGCGACGACUUAUAUUCCAGAUAGACGAAUAUCUGUUCUAGUGUUAUUUGGUUUAUUAGAUAUUUUCAUUCUUUAAAGGUCUAAUUCUAAGAAA